AUUAGUUCCCACUGUUGCGCUACCUCACCCAACAAACACAACUAGAACCAUGCGGGCCGCUGUUUUCGUGACACUUCUCCUUCCACUUUGCUGUUGGUCGUACCACUAUAAAGCGAUUUCCACGCCAGUUGCUUUCCAUGCUUGUUUAACGACAAAUGGAAACUCUCUGGGACGACUCCAUGUCUUACCUUUUGACAGAGUAAUUACAGAUACCUGGGAGGGUUACAUCCGACACAGUAGUUCCUAUAGAAUACCUGUCACUGGUGUUUAUGUGAUAACCUGGGUAACUCCUGUUGUCGGCAAUAUUCCGCUAGAACUAGUUAUAAAUGGGCAACAGCGAGGUCGCACCGCUCCAGCGAGUCCUAAGGGUGAAGGCAAAUCUCAGACCACGACUGGAGUGGCAGUUUUGUUCCUUUACCGACGCGACGUUGUUUCGAUCCGUACCCAUCCGGAUUUUCAUCCAGUCGGAUUUAUUGCCAACAACAAAUGGCAAGAUAGUUGUCUCUCGCUGUGGAGAAUUUAAUUAUUCCCGAGUAAGAACGUUUCAAUCCAUUUCUGUAAAUAAAUAUAGAAAUCUGGAAGUUUAUCAUUGAAAAGCUUAUCAAUAAAAUGAUUUAAAGUGUUA